CCCAAGAUGCAUCGGCCCUUGAAAUUUAGCGUGUUCGAUUUCUCUAGAAGGGCUUUCGGAAUCCGGAAGCCCAUUUGCAAAGCAUUCUUGCUAGACCCAAACUAAAAACGCGACACUGCGCACGUGAUUCGCCCUUGCUUCCGGCCCACACCAGACAUCGCCGCACGGAGUGACAGACCCUCCGGCCCGCCGUUUCUGCGAAGCCCCGACAGUCGCUCCCCAGGACGAGAACUUCUCAUUAGAAACUUUUGAAUACCAAGUUCCUUCGUUCUGGUUUUAUUACUAUUUCCAAUUCAUUCAUACCUUGAGUUAGAGGAGCAAAAGUAUAGUCAUGGAAACCUCCAAAGAAGCAGCGGCACCUGCUUUUCUCGAUCGCACCUCUCGACCAACGAGAGGAAAGAGGAUGACCAAGUUGCUCGACGAGGAAGUUGAGGAGGAUGAGUUGUUCUGGAACCAGGAGGCUCUUAAAGAGGAAGAGAAUGAUGUUAAUUAUGAAGCAGAGCAAGAGGUUGCUGACGAGUUUGAUAGCGACUUUGAUGAAGAUGAGCCCGAGCCAGAGGAAGAAGCAGAAAACGAUGCCGAGGACAGGACGCGUACAAGGAAGAGAUUGAUAUACCCAGGGAAGCCCGUGGCAAAGAAGAAAAAGAAAAAGAAAGACCUUUCGAAGUUAGAGGCUGAUCCUAAGGAUGAAAAACAAACUCAAAAUUCUAUUACACCUGAACACCACAAUGUCCACGAAGGAGAGAGAACGGUUAGGAAAUCUACUAGAACUUCGGUCAUUGUUAGGCAAGCUGAGAGAGAUGCAAUACGUGCAGCUUUGCAAGCAACAAUGAAGCCGAUAAAAAGGAAAAAGGAAGGUGAGGAGAAGAAGAUGACCCAAGAAGAAAUGCUUUUGGAAGCAGCUCAGACAGAAAUCAUGAACUUGAGGAACUUGGAGCGUGUUUUAGCAAGGGAGGAAGAAGUUAAGAAAAGAGCAAUUGUGCAUAAAGCUGUGUUCAGUGGUCCACAGAUACAAUAUUAUUCAAAAGAUGGUUUUUCAUAUUUAGAAUUCAGUAAAGGAUGUUCAUUUCAGUCAGAGAUUUCUACAACGUCUGUUCCAUAUCCAGAAAAGGCUGUAUGUGCAGUUACUGGUUUGCCGGCCAGAUACCGUGAUCCAAAGACAGGGCUACCUUAUGCAACAAAGGAAGCUUUUAAAAUAAUUCGUGAACGUUUUUCUAAAGAAGAGAGUGGGGUCCAAAAGGAAAUGGACAUGGGAGAUUUAUUGGAUUCACUAUCUGGAACAGGAUUUUCAGCUAAGCAGAGGAGAUCAGUGACAUCAAAUAAAAGUGAAGUGUCAUAUUUUCGAUACUCGGCUCGUUUUCGUAGAAUUCCUGCUCUUGAAAGUGAUAUUGAUGAAGAUGAUGAUUGAAACUUGGAAAUUUGACAUUUCAUAUAAUUAUAAGAUUAACUUGUUUAGGUGAUU